GACCCCCACACUUCACACCCACCCUUUGAGAUACCCCUUCAGCUGGCCUGGAGACCACCACUACCUUCGCAUGCAAUGACGUGACGACACAGCGGCGCCAUGUCCCUCCUCCAGAAUGAAGACUUCGUGCUGUACCAGCUGCGCACCGCCUACCUGGCCUCGAUCAAGGACGGCGUGGGCGAGCGCCUGAUCAACGUCAACUCCAGCGUGCUCAACCAGGUCGGCUUCCGCGCCGCGGGCUGGGCGCCCAACCCCGCCGACAUCAAGCGCACGUACUCGCCGCCCAUCCCCACGGCCAUCACGUCCGAGUACUUCCAGGCCCCGCGCUCGGCCGGGCUGAAGGCGCCCGAGGGCUUCGGCGACGACGAGGACGAGGGCGGCAUGGUCACGGGCGGCGGCAGCAACGACACGGUGGGGCCCACGCUGAACGCGAAGCGCCGCCGCCGCAAGGAGCUGCUCGAGGAGGACGACAGCAGCGACCUCAGCGACGAGAGUGACGACGACGACGCCAGCGACCGCCCGGCCAACCAGAUCAAGUUCACCAAGAUGCCGCUGCGCACCCGCUCGGGCUCGUCGCCGGUGCGCGGCUCGGCCCUGCGCAACGAGCUGGCCGACGGCGCCGAGCAGCCCUCGCUGAUGGUCACCUCGCCCUCGCGCCCGCCCGACAACCUGCUGCCGCGGGGCUCGCUCGGCACCAUCGACGCCGUCAAGGGCCGCGCGCGGCGGGACACCAUCACCAGCAGUGAGAUGUCGUCCGAGAACGAGUUCGACAACUCGGGCUUCCAGAAGCGCCGCGUCAAGCAUGUGCGCAAGGCCGCGAGCUCGCACCAGCUGCUCUCCAAGCGCAUUCCCGAAGACUUUGGCGAGACAGAUGGCCGUCUGGAGGCCCUGCACGAGGGCAACGAGUCCGACAGCUCCCUCAGCUCCGAGUUCUCGGGCUCUGCCGACAGCGGCUCGCUCAUGGGCGACAGUGGCAUCCCGCUGGAUUCGUCGCCGUCUGCCAAUCUCCCCGGUAUGCCGGCGUUGACCACAUUCAACCAGUCGCCCAAGCGGAGGAGGGAACCACUGCAGCCGACCCUGCAAGCCCUGCCGCCGCCCCGGCCCAUCAGCUUCAUCCUGCCUGUCAGCGCCCUGACGCAAGCGCUACAGGCCAAGUCUUCCAAGCCUUCAAACCCUCUGCAGCGCUUUGCUGUCUGGAACGCGGCCAGCGAGGCGCAGUCCAACCCCAUAUACCUCAAGCUUUACUGUCCGUGGUCCGCGAAGCCCCUGAAGCCGCUGGAGCUCCUCCUCAGGAAGUUCAACGACAAAGGCGAAGGUAUCACCGUGGCCGAAGCCAUCGGCUAUGCAAUGCAUCGCUACCAGGAAGAAAAGAUAGAGCCGCCGCUGGCGCCCGAGAAGUGCAAUGUGAACUGCUGGGUCAUGCGCAUGUGGGAUGAUGAUGAAGUCGAUGAUGAAUUCCCGCCGCUGACGAGACACAAGCCGUUGAAAGACUUUGCCUCCAACAACGCUCGCGGCAUGCGGCCGCGUGCUCGAGACAAGCCGUGGGACGAGUUUGCUCUGGUGGAAGCUUCAGAACGAGAAGUCCUCGAGAAUGAGAAGGCCACACCUAUCUACAGCAAGGAAGCUGCUGAGGCGACCCCUUCGCAGAACGACAUACCCGAGGAUGAGGAAGAGCAGCCCGUCAAGCAACCGGCAAAGCCGAUUCCAAGCCGUGCAAAGAGCUUCCGGAAUCCCAUCACCGGUCCCUCUUUUGCACCGAAAGCAACACGCAAAGACACGAGCACCCUUGCAGAUGCGCCUACUACCUCCUCAUCGCACGCUGCAAGCCGCAUGGGCGCACCGAAGACAGUCAACGUGCACUACACCGACGAGAACUUCAACACAAGACACAUUCCCGUUCCAUGUACGACCGACACCUAUAUUGAUGAGAUCUUCGACAAAGUGUGUCACGACUUGCAUCUAGACAAGGCGCUGUACUUGCUCAAGGUCAGUCAAUCGACCACAGUUGCGCCGCUUGAUCGUACAGUCGAGGCCCUCGGGCGGUAUGCAGAUGUCGAUCUGCUGCGCCGGCGAUUCAUCGCUGAUGGCAUCAUGGGUCUGUCUGGUAGCCCUGGCUCCUCUUCGCCCAACGCGCCACUGAUCAUCAGCACGGGCGGCGCGCCGAAGAAGACAAAGAAGGGCGAAAGAGUACACGCUGCCGUCUCUGGACAGCAGCUCAUCCACCCUCUCGCGAGGAAUGUUGAUGCUUCAGCACUAGCGCUCACGUCGACCGGCUACUACCGCCGCUACGUCGUGCUCCGGAAGCAGCCCAUGUCGUUUGCAUCAUCGACAACCCGUAUCAUCGCCCUCGACAACGAGUAUAUUCACAUCAUGCCUGGCGAGUCUACACGGCGUACUGCUGGCGCGGCGGUCGAGGGGCAGGGCAAGACCACUACAGUACAUUUCAGCAGUGUGGUGGGCACAAAAGUCAGCAAGAAGCACCCCAAGACAGUCAGGCUGCUGGUGUACAGAGAAAAGGAAACAAAGAGGUACGACUUCGAAGCUGCGAGCGUCGACGAGGCAGCAGACAUCGUCAAGGAGAUCAAGAGGGGCGUCGAGCGGUUCCAAGAGGGUAUUGUAUAGAGUACAUGCCCUGAGGAGCAGUCGCAUCUGGAGCCACUGUGGCUGGACCUGGCUUGAUGGGCGAGCUCCUAGGAAUGAGGCGGACGAUUUUGUGGCCUAACACAGGACAACAAGUCUCUUUCGAUGACGGAAGAACUAGUUUGCUCCGUGAGCGAAGAUGCAGACAUGUACGAUAUCGCAGGUUUGCUUGGGCACGUUGCCUACCUGGGUAGAUUCAAGGCCAGAGGUCACCCUCCUCUUGUACUGAUCGCCAGUGGAGCAGGCGCCUGGCCAGUUGGCACAGUACCAGCGACUC